AUGCCUUUUGGUCAAAUGCCCGUGCUCGAAGUUGAUGGAAAGAAACUCUGCCAGUCGCAUGCCAUUCUCCGAUAUCUUGCCAGGGAAUUUGGUUAUGCCGGCAAAACCGCUUGGGAUCAGGCACAAGUGGACGCUAUUGCCGACCAGUACAAGGACUUUUUCCAAGAGAUUCGUCCAUACUUCAGAGUACUGCUUGGAUUUGAAAAGGGUGAUGCGGAAGCCAUAGGAAAAGAUACGCUUGUGCCGGCUUUCCACAAAUUCUACGGAUUUAUGGCGAAAAUACUAAAUAAUAACAAAACU